AUGGUGGGUGAACCGACAGGUCAGAGUCGCUUCUAUGGUGAACUAUUGCCUGACCAGGUAGAUCGUAUCUCCAGUCUUUUUGACGCCCACCUUGAUCUAUUAGCCGAUGUCCGCGAACUGUACCGCGAUAGAGCAGUGUUAGAACGUGAGUAUGCAACAAAGUUGAAGCAGCUGGCGAAGAAAGCAACCGAAAAGAAGAACAAAAAUGGUCUAUCAUUAGUCGUCGGAGACAAUCCCACCAAGGCUUGCACGGAAAGUAUGAAUCAACAGAAGCACAUCUUAUCAUCAAUAUCAACUUCUGCCCAGGACCACAUCAACCUAGCGGAGGCAUUGUCAUCCCAGAUUACAGAAUCUCUCAAGGCUGUUGAGCGCCGCAACGAUGAUUACAAGAAAAAGUAUGACGCCGAUUGCGCCGAAGUUGAAGCUCAUCGUCAAAAGCAGUCUGUUCACGAUCGACACGCGGAGCGCUCAGCAAGACAAUAUGAUCUGCAGAGGCUUGACAUGCUCAAUAGCAAGAAUGUCUAUAUUAUUUCAACUGCAACCGCCAACAGUGUGAAGACGAAGUUUUAUACCGAGGACCUGCCAAGUCUUGAAGAUUCUUUCCAGGAAUUACAGACUCGUCUAGUGAUGGAUUUCGUUGGUGUCGUGACAGAGGCCCAGAAUAUCCAAUUAUCGCACCAAGAUAUCUUGAAGAACCGUCUUGCAACCGUUAGCGCCGCCUUGAUCGAAGUCCGACCCGAUAAGGACCAAGGGCUUUUCAUAGAAUCUAACAUCCGUCCGUUCAGUCUACCCGACGACUGGGUAUUUGAACCAUGUUCGAACCACUACGAUACGGGAGAUGUUUGCAUUGAUCCAGCCCCCAGGGUGUUCUUACAAAAUAAACUCGCGCGCUCGCGAGCUAAAUUGAGAGAAUUAAACCCUGCGCUUGGAAAAAACCGGGCAGACGCCGAGAAAUAUCGUGUCAUGCUUACAGCUUGCGCCACCAAUAACACACCUGGAGACAUGGGUGACGCCAUGAAUAGCUACCUUGAUGCUGCCCACGAGGUCACCGCCCUCUCGACCUCAGCAUGUGUCCUGAACUCGGAAAUCAACACCAUCGCGGAUGCCCUGGGGGGCGACGAGGGAGGUUCGAGCCCGCACGUUUUCAAGAGCUCGGCCUUUUCGAUACCCACGACAUGCGGAUAUUGUAAGGUUUCGAUCUGGGGUCUAAGUAAGCAGGGAAAGACCUGUAAAAGUUGUGGUUUAUCAGUGCACUCUAAAUGCGAGUUAAAUGUGCCUGCGGAGUGCAGUAAUAUUCACGGCAAUUACAAAGCCUCGGAAAUUCUGCAGUCUCCCUCUUCUGCCGUGUCUAUAUCGGAGAGUAGAUCAUCAAUAUCCACCAGCUCCAGAGAAACUUCAACGUCAUCACCUUCUUCCGUGCCACACAAUAUAUCACCGCAUGUGGAAGAAGUGAAUCGAUUGGCUCGUGCUAUCUUCGACUUUGCGGCGUCCUCGUCUGUGUGGCGACAUGUCCCCGUAUUGCACGUGCUGAUAUGGUUUCAAGAGGGUGCUGUUGUGCGUGUGCUAGAGGAAGACGAUGGUUCCGGAUGGGUAAAGGUGGCUGACUCCGAAGGUGAGAAAGGGCUGGUUCCUGCGAGCUACUUGGAAGAUGCAGGCGGAUGGCCAUUGGAAAAAUCUGAACCCUCUCAGCAAAAUUCUCAGCAAGGGUCUGGCAUAUACGCACGGGUUCUCUACGACUAUCGAGCUCAAGAACCAGAAGAGCUAACGAUACAUGAGGGGGACUUUGUUGAGCUGUCCUCUGGAACAAAUGGAGGUCAAAAUUAUGCGGACGGUUGGUGGGAAGGUAUCCAGGUGGUCUGA